AUGGAGGGUGUCAAUCAACAAAAGACAAUCCACACCCUCGAUGGCAAUCAGCCAAACAUGAAUGGCAUCGGCCAAAAGACCAAUGUCAACCAGCCUGUCACUGCUGCUGUUACUACUGAAGGGGACGAGGUUCGUCAGGUCACGCUGGCCGAGUAUAAGCAAGCCGCUCAGUGCUUGGCCGAAGCCUUCGCCGAAGACGACGUAGCACGCUACUUCACUGAAGUCCCUGACCGUGCUCACUGGACCGAGAAGCAGAAAUGGGAUCUCCAUGUGAGCAUUCUGGAGUACAUCACGUAUGCUCACAUCCUGAAGGGCUUGGUGUUGGCCGCAGGUCCUGACUACGGAUGCGUUGCCCUGUGGAUGCUUCCGGGCCAGAACAUGGAUGACUAUCUGACCAUCCUGCGCAGCGGUAUGUGGAGAUUGUGGUACAAGCUCUCGGCUGAAGGUAAGACGCGCUUCUUCGACGAGUUCUUCCCACUGCUCCAUGAUACCAAGCACGAAGUCAUGGGUGUACGCGAUGAUGAGUCAUACUAUCUCGUGUACAUCGGCACGAAGCCUGCAGCUCGCGGCAAAGGCUAUGCACGCAAGUGCAUCGAGUACGUGACCAGGAGCGCAGAUGCCGAGGGCAGAGCCUGCUACCUUGAAAGUAGCAACGCUGCCAACCCAGCCAUUUACCGCAAAUAUGGCUUCGAGACGGUCAGAAGCAUUCAUCUCAAGCGCGCCGAAAAGGUUGUGGACCUCGAUAUCAUGGUCCGCGAGCCUCAACCUGGCAUGAGACAGCCGUUGUUGAGCCUGGAGAAGGUCGACAGUAUGAUGACUGAUGUGCCGUCCGUCACUCGUCCAGUAUCUGUCUCCAUGAAACUAGGAGGAGAGAAAGAGGCAGUCGCCAGUAUCUCCAUCGUUUGA